AUGGGAAGGUCCCAAGGCCUCAGUCGACCUCUACCCGACACUCAUCCAGAGCUACUCGUCUUCGACAUCCCUGGUCUAUGCAAGGAAUUCAGAGUAGAGAAUUGGCAUCUCGCACGCGAUGGUAGUCGACGACCCAUACGGGGUGCUCAUGCUUUGACUUGGUUCGAUGCGCUACUGGUUCUUCUAGGCUCUGCUUUGUGGCCCACGAUUGGUCGGCGAACGUACGCUUGGCUAGGGAUCGCAGCCAUUGCUCUGCUUUACCUGUACAUAAAAUGCACGCAAGUUCUUUGGGAAUCAGUCCUUGUCAUUCCCCCGCACGGUAUACAAUUCGAGACCCACCGCGGCUUCCCAGGAUACCCCCUGUUUGCUUCUCGCAACUUUAUACCCUUGACGGCCCUCCAAAACUUCGUGAUCAACGAAGGACUGUACGGAUGGAACGUCCGUUUUUAUCUGGCUGCUCUUCAACAACUGUCAGACGGAUCGGCGAAGAUGGACGUGGCGUAUGAGAACAUCAAGCCACACUUUCCGGUUUUGAUAGAAAUUUAUCACAGUGUUCACGAGUACUUGCACAUCUUGAAAGAAUAG